GUUAUCUUGCUCUGCCUACUGGUGACUGCGCUCUUGGGCUCAAAGGUAAAUUGUCAUGAUAAGGAGCGCAUACGUGAGGAUCAUAUACACUUCUGCUGCAAGCAUCCCGACGGUCACAACGAUGUCACUGAGAAGUGCGCCAAGCAAACCAACUUCAAGCUGCCAUCACCUAAGGAGGAGGCACCCGAGGAUGUCACUGUGGAUGAGGUGAUGGAUGCCACUUGCUGGGCCAAAUGUGUUUUUGAUAAUUACAAGUUCCUGAAGAACGAUACACUCGACAUGCAGGCGGUGCGCAAUCACUACAAGACCGUCCAUAAACUCGAUCCCGAGUAUGAGUCGGAAAUGAUUGCUGCCUUCGAUCAAUGCCACUCCAAGGCGGAAAAAGCCACAUCCGACUUUCUAGAGAAUCCCUUGAUGAAAGCCUUUGCUGUGCAGAAGGUCAAUAGUUGCAAGCCCAUCUCGGCUAUCAUCUUGUCUUGCGUCAUCUAUCACUUCUUCCAUAGUUGCCCCAGAAAUCGCUGGUCCAAUACUACAGAGUGUGUGGAGACGCUAGAUUUUGCCACAAGGUGCAAAGAUAUUCUUCAGACCAUGUGA